UACUCAUGCUAGAAGGAAGGGUGAAGAGUACAUGAGGAGGAAGUAUGACUAUGAGGUGAAAGUUUCGCAUGGUUACAAAUCUAGGGAAGGUUAUCUCCCUGGAAAGAGAGCGAGAAUCAGAAGGAAGGGAGAAGGUUCCCAAAGGAGUCAUCAAAUUACCAGUAGUCCUACCAAAAGAUAUCAUGUUAAUAGCAGAAGUUACUGCAGUGAUAAGGUUAGAGUGGAAAGCUCAAGUGAGCAAACAAGAAUGAAGCCACCGACAGCAGACUCAAUUGACUGUUGUGAUCUUGGACAACUGAAAUCAUCAUCUGCUGCAUUUACAAAGCAUCAUGAGCAAGAAACCCUGAAGCAAUGUUAUUUUUUGAGGACACAAAGAGAAGAUGAUAACUCCACUACCAAUGAGCAAGACUUGAAAAGGGGUCGUUCUAAAUUGGAGCGCUGGACGAGUUAUGAUGAGGAUUAGAGAAGAUGUUAAAAAACUGAAGAAAUCAGAGUUGAGUUCAAGUGUCCAAUCAAACAUCAACAUCUUGCUAAGAAGCCACAUCUUUCUGCAGCUCAAAUGCAUGUAGAUCAGACAACCUCAAAGUUUUCCAAGCGGGUGAUCACUGCAAGUUGCAAAUUAC